GGCGGGGACAGGAACGAGGAAGGUGACGCCACGACGUACGCGGGGACGUCCGAAGCCGUCUCCAAGUCUUCCUCCCCUUACUCUGGUGGGUCUGAAGAUGACAGCAGCAAGCCGACAAGAAGUCCUCGGCCUCUACCGAAGCAUUUUCAGGCUUGCACGGAAAUGGCAGGCAGCAUCAGGGCAGAUGGAAGACACCAUCAAAGAAAAACAGUACAUACUAAAUGAAGCCAGAACACUGUUCCAGAAAAACAAAAAUCUCACAGACCCAGACUUAAUUAAACAGUGUAUAGACGAAUGUACAGCCAGGAUUGAGAUUGGACUGCAUUACCAGAUUCCUUAUCCCAGACCGAUCCAUCUACCCCCAAUGGGUCUCACCCCACGACGAGGCCGGGGACUUCAAACCCAGGAGAAACUAAGAAAAUUUUCCAAACCACUGUAUCUGAAGUCUCAUGAUGAAGUUUCCUAACAAAGAAGACACUUUACUUUUUAGAAUGGUGAGCCAACUCGGUUUUGAAUAUAAACAAGGCAAUAUACCCUCCUUGAUUAGAAGCAAAAUACUUUUCAGACCUCCAAAAUUGGUCUUCACCUAUGACAUGUGGCUGCAGGCAUCCCUAGGGUUUUUCGGGGUCUUGCUGCUGCUUGAGCUGAUGGACUUCACAUCUUCCCUGAUGUCAUCCUUGGGAGCUGUCUGAGGCCUGUGGGGAAGACUGAAGGCAAUUCCUGGGCGGCCUUUCAGCACACAUCUGAUGCAGAGGGAUUAGCUAGUUGCCGCAAGUUCACAUGGCUCCAAAACUGCUCUGCUCCCAAAAUACUUUAUAGAGUUUUUUUCCACAAGUUAUUUUCAUUUGAUUAAAACUGGUUUCUGUGUGGGCUUUUUCUGUGAUCUCCUGACUCUUGUAAUUUCCAAAUUUAUCCCUUUAUAAAGGGCAGCUUUGGAUUGAUCAUGCUUCUUUGUUGUUUUGUUGGAUUUUGUGUGUGUGGAGGGGAUUGUUUUGAGACAGGGAUUUCCUAUGUAGCACUUGCUGGCUUAGAACUCUCUAUGUAGACUAGACCUUGUGUUGACCUCCUGCUUCAGCUUCUCAAGUACUAAAAUUAUAGACACGAGUCACUAAACUGAACUGAUCAUGUGAUCUUUUUAAUGGAAAUAUGAUAUAACACCCCUCUCCCUGAUGAUAAAUGAAAGUACAUGCCUUAAUUAAACAUGUGUUUAUUUUAAAAUAAACUGUGAUUACUUAAGAUGCA